GUUUCAAUCUAGUCAGCGUAGGUGCACCAACUCUUAGUUUAUGAAAAAAAAUGGUCUUGUCAUGGACGCCACCCGAUAUAUUCCAACCGUGUUCGGUUCAUAACAAUUUAACCACUUGCCAAUCUUCGACUUUUUUAUUUUUACAAUUGGUGGCUAACUUAUUUGGGUAUUCGCCGGAUGAAAAAAAUACAUACGGGUUCGAUUUUUCUUUUACGAAUUUUUACAAUCCUUUCGAAAGUGAAAAAGCUCAAGUGGAGGAAUUCGAUUUUAUCGUUGUCGGUGCUGGUAGUGCAGGAUGUGUUGUUGCUAAUAGACUGUCCGAAAUUAAAGAAUGGAGGGUACUGUUAUUAGAAGCCGGAGGCGAGGAACCCGUUGUUGCGGACGUUCCGGCUUUCGCUCCAAUGUUACAAGGCUCAAGUAUAGACUGGCAAUACGAAACUCAACCUUCUCCUAAAAGUUGUCUAGCAAGAGAUGAGGGAAGAUGUACUUGGGCGAGAGGCAAAGUUAUGGGAGGAUCAUCAACCAUAAAUUACAUGAUAUAUAUGCGCGGACAUCCUGACGAUUACGAUGAAUGGUCUCUUAUGGGUAACCACGGUUGGUCGUAUAGUCACGUCUUGCCGUAUUUUAAAAAAUCGGAAGAUAAUAGAAAUCAUGAUAGCGAGAAGAUAGAUCCACGUUAUCACGGGGUUGGAGGUUAUCAAACUGUAGAAUUUUUCCCAUACCAAGACGAAAAUACGUUAGGACUUGUGCAUUCGUAUUAUGAAUUAGGUUUGCCGAAAAUAGAUCAAAAUACCGAGGAUCUUUUGGGUACUAUGCUUCUACAAGCUACCGCGAAAGAUGGCGAAAGACAAAGCACCAACGCUGCCUUCAUCAGACCAAUUAGAUACAAACGCACAAAUUUGGUAGUGCGAUCUAACGCUCAUGUAACUAGAGUACUUAUAGACCCAAAAACAAAAACCGCUUACGGUGUGGAAUAUCACAGAAAAGGAAAAUUAGUACAAGCUUUAGCAAAGAAAGAAGUAAUUCUUUCAGCUGGUUCAAUUAAUUCUCCAGUUAUAUUGAUGUUGAGUGGUGUAGGACCAGCUCAUCACUUGGAAGAGCGCGGAAUUAAAGUUAUAAAAGACUCAGCUGUUGGAUUCAAUCUACAAGAUCACACCACAAUAGAUGGAGUAGUAUUCCGUUUAACAAAUCAUACUUCUACCUUAGUAAAUGAAGAACAAAUGAAAGCAGAUACUUUUUACUGGAAGAAAACCAGACUAGGUCCGUUAGCCUCAACUGGUCCUUUACAAGCGAAUGCUUUCAUACAAACUAAAUAUGAACAAAGUUCGAAAAGACCCGACAUCCAAAUUUCCAUUGAUGCAGUAAAUACGGAUAACUUUUUUACUGAUCCUAUUCUCAGUUAUAAUACUGCCAUAUUACCUUUGUCUUAUUACAGUGGUAUGAUGGCGAGACCGAUUUUAUUGAAUCCCAAAUCUAGAGGAAGAGUUUUGUUGAACGACACCGAUCCGAUUCAUGGUACACCGUUGAUUUUCGCUAAUACGUUCUUCGAGAAAAUCGAUCUAUUGAGGAUAAUAGAUGGAGUGAAACGAAGUUUGGAUUUAGAACAUACAAGUUUUUUCAAACACGCGGGAAUAGAAUUAGUAAGAACUCCUUUACCAGCUUGUAAACACGUUCAUUUCGGUACUGACGAAUAUUGGGCGUGUAUAGCAAUGGCAUACACGACUACCAUCUAUCAUCCAGUCGGUACGUGCAAAAUGGGUCCUCAUACAGAUGAAAGCGCAGUUGUUGACCCAGAACUGAGAGUUCAUGGAAUAAAAUCAUUAAGAGUUAUUGAUGCUUCUAUCAUGCCUAAAAUUGUUAGGGGUAAUACUAAUGCUCCAACUAUUAUGAUUGGGGAGAAAGGAAGUGAUUUGAUUAAGCAUAGUUGGUUAAAAGACUAUAAUCAACAAGAUAAAUCGGAAAAUUUAGAUAGUGGUAGCUACGAUUUUUUAAAUUUUGGUAAUUUCUUCAAUGGAUAUUUCAAAUAAAAUGAACAAUUUAAAAGUACAUUUAUAAAGUGAUUACAUAUCUUAUUGUGCAUUAAUAAGAUUUGAUUACUUUAAACUUGAACUGAUUUUGGUGCUACGAUUAACGAAAAAACAGAUAAGAAUUGCCAUUGGCCAUAUAUUUUGGGCAAUACAUUUCCUUAACUAUUUUUUAUAUAAUAUAAUACGUUCACUUUGAUUUGGAAGUUAUAUAAAUUGAAUUUUUAAUUAAUAUUGUUAUGAAACGUCAAGUUAAAAUAUAUAUUUUUCUUCUACAAUGUCAAGCAAAGCGUAAUGAACAACGCCGAGUUGUCCACUAUAUCUGAACAACUCCACACUGUUAGGACAGCUGACAUAUCGGUACUACAAGCUUAUUUUAGACCUACAUAUAUUCUAGAAUCAAUGUGCAAGGAUAAAAUCAUAACAUAUUAAGAAAAGUCGGAAGAUUUUAACGAAGCAGUAGUAGCUCAUAUGAUUCAGACAAAGAAAUUAUAAUAUGAUGUGUUUGCUAAAGCAGAAGAGAUAUCUAAAAGUUGAAGAGUUGGAUUCAAAGAGAAAAAAGACUGGUUACUUCAUCUAUCUCCCGAUCUGAUGGUUGUUGGACAUAAAUGACUGAAUUCUUGAAUGGUCGUCCAACAGGUGAUCACAAUUAAAUUUCAAAAUAUUAAAAUGAUAUCAAUCGGCAAAGACGAUUCACAGAAACAUUCUAAUAAUGUUGAAGAACUCAUUAAAUUAAUUUUUUAUUUAUUAUUUUUUUAUUAUUUAAAUAAAACCAAUUGAUCCACAAAAAAUACAAACAAAUAUCAGCUUAGUUUUGUGAUGCUUUUCUACUUUUUCAGGUGUAUGGCUUGUUAAAAUUAAAAUAUUGGCUCCUUGUUUCCACAACUGUGUUAAUUCUUUACUAUCCUAUGUCGUUGUUCUAUUUCCUCCAUCUUUUUUAUCCAGCUUUUUCUCGAUCUUCCUUUUUUAUUUUUGUAAGUUCCGUCUUUACAAAUCUUCUACAUUAAUCGUUCUUUUUAAUUUCAUAUUCAUUAUCUGACUACUGUAAUUGUAUAUUUCUAAAUUCGAGUUCAAAGCUUUGGUAUCUCUUUCCAUUAUUACUAUGUCAUCUGCAUGUCGAAUCUCCGAAAUGUUAUUCAUUUUACAGUUUUAUUUGCCUCUUUGUUCUUCUCAUUAUUUAUUUUUCUAGCACUAUGAAAAUUAAUAAAAGGUUUACUCCUUUUGUUAUUUCGAACAUAUUUAAUACCUCUUGUCUAACUGUGACAUCUACAAAGCUCUUACGCUGCUAAUUAGUUUCUUUUGUAUUUCUCGGUAUAAUAGGAUGACCUAUAUAUCAUUUUUAUUUACUCUAUUUUUCAAAUGCUUUUCCACAAUCUGUAGAGCACAGGGGUAUCUCUUUAUUCUUCUCUAAUUGCUUUAGUUACCAGGUAUUUGCUUAAAUUUAAAGUUUUCAAAUUUUAUUUCUCUGUUUGCUCUAAAACCUCUGUUCCUUGUUUAUGAGUCUUAAUUUUUAUUACCUUUGUUAUCUCUAUUUCCACCAUUUUUAUCAUAUCUCCAGUUAUUCCAUUAUUUUAGUUUCUUCAUCGACUGUUGUUUUUUUUCCUUUUACACUAAUAUCUUCUUUUGUUGCCGAGUUUGAACAAAUCCUGUUAAUCUCUUUGUUUUCUUCCUCGUUUAUACCUUCUGCUUCUAAAAUAACUUCUACGUCUUUUUAAGUUUACAUCUUAUUUUGUUUUUUUUUUUCGUAUGUUUAUUAAUGAGCUCUUAUUGUUAUUUUGUUCUUCUUUCGGUUCUAACUGCUCCAAGAAUAUUUUAUCAAAAUUCUUGUUAUAACUCAUGUAUUUACUCCUUAUUUAAUCUUCUAGCUUCUGUCCUUUUCUUGUAUUUUUUGCAGAUACACAAAUAUCAAAAUAUCAAAAAAUAGUAAUCGAAUGUUUUUGUGUACGAAUAAUAUGGUUGAUUAAUUUCAUUUUUAGUUGGCUAAAUUUAACACAUAUUAAUGAGUUCGGGUAUUAUUAGUAAUCAACUUAAACAUCGUGAAUAUAUUGUAUUAUAACGGAAAUGAUAAUGCUCGUUUUGUUGUUUUUUUUUGCUAUUUUUAUUUAAAAAAUAUCUUUGUUAUGAAUAAAUUUAUUUGAU